GCGCGGUGCAGCUUGCCAAGUACNCCGGGUUAUACGUGUUGGCCUCCUGCUCCACCGUCAACGUCGACUCGUAAAGUCGCUGGGUGCGGACUAUGUCUUUGACUACACUGUGCAAGACGUCGUUGGCGAGUGCCUCGCUCGCACGCAGGGUUUCGGUGUCGAUUAUGUGCUGGAGGCCGGUGAUGCGGUGCUUGCUGCGCAGCACGCAGAGGCUCUGCGGUUUGGCGGCUCCAUCUGCGUUCUGCCUGGUCCCAUGCCACUCUCCGGCGAGGCGCUCUACCACCGCCAGCUGUCGGUGAGUUACGUCUGCCUCGCCGGGAUGCACGCCCACCCGCUCACGCGCGGCAGUCUGCGAGAGGUGGUGGAGAUGUGCCUGGCACUUUACCACCGCGGGGCCUUCCGGCUGCAGCUGGAGACGGUGCCAGUGGAGCGCGCCGACACCGCGCUGGACGUCGUGGCUGAAGGGCACACGCGGGGGAAAAUUGUGCUGACAGAGUUCCACCCCGGCGAGGCGCCGCCCGGCGACGCGGAGGUGGGCAGCCGCCGCCGGAAGCACGCAAAGGCGCAGGUGGCAGUUGCGGCGGCGCCCCCGCUGGCGCUGGUGUUACAGCGCGAGAAGUGA